AUGUCUGGCUCUUUGCGUCGCCUUCAGAUAGGCGCCUGUACUCUCCUCGCGGCCGUCAGCGCCUUACAACUUCCCGAAUAUACCGGAUUGAAGACGUCUCUCAACAACAGCAUACUGGAAAUAACAUUCCAUAAUGCUGAUUCUUCUGUCAACCUGUGGAAUCAGGAUACCUCGAAUGGAUUGACGGAUAUCGUGAGACGGCUCCAGCGAGAUAACGAAACCAAGAUUGUCAUCUUCAAUAGUGACGUCCCAAGAUUCUUCAUGGCCCAUCUGGAUCUUUCGAUGCCUGAUCUAGUCGACAGUGUCCCAGCUUUCGCUGAGCUCAUGUUCAAUAUUUCCACCCUUCCCCAAGUCACCAUCGGUGCAGUAGAGGGAAGGGCUCGCGGCGCAGGGAGCGAAUUGCUUGUAUCUCUCGAUAUGCGCUUUGCAACCAAGAACGAUACCCUCUUCGGCCAACCUGAAGUCGGAAAUGGACUUUCUCCUGGUGGCGGAGGCAGUCAGUUUCUCCCAGGGCUGAUCGGACGAGGACUAGCUAUGGAGUACAUCCUCAGUGCGAAUGAUAUCAAUGCAUGCGAAGCCGAACGAAUCGGCUGGAUCAACAAGGCAUUUGACACUGCCGAAGACAUGCACCUCUACAUCAACCGGCUGACUUCACGUCUGCGACUGUUCCCUCAAUCGGCCUUGUCUGGAGCAAAAGCUUCCAUUAACCGCCGUUCAUCGCCAACGCUUGAAGACAUCCUCCGCGAUGCGACCGCUUUCCAAAAGCAGCUGACCGAGCCCGUCGUAUCAGAGUUGGGCGUCAAGGCGAAUGCACUUGUGGAAAAAUCGUCCGAAUUUGACGUUGAGCUCAAUUUGGGUGAGGUUAUUCCUCAGUUGUAUGAUUGA